UAAAAUGGGAGACCAAAUUUUUCUCUACGAUGCAGCUGUUCAUUACGUCUCAAGACACGUGAUUCCAAAUCAUUUAUUUCGCUGACAACGAGAUUGACGAAACUGUCAUCUCGAUCGAUGCAAUCGCUUGUUGCCGUCUUUAAGAACCUCAAAUUCGCUUCCUUAAGAGUGGCUAAAAUAGACAGCAGCGUAUCGACGUUUGAGGGAACCUCACAGACCAUACGCAGGAUCUCUCUAGACUGCGUCCAUGAUCGACUGAGCUCAUUUAAAUGUUUCGGUUUCUUCAUAUAAACACCAACGACAUGAAGGACGAACUGAGAAAGUAGUGUAGGGACCUCCUUGUAG